CAGCAGUCAGAGAGGAUGCUGUGUGUGGUGUGGAUGAUGGCUCAUAUUUAGGAGAACGGGAUCGUGCAAACAGUCAAUCUGACUGUCAGAUCAGUGCAGCAGCAGAGAGUGGGACAGCGGGGGUUGUCUCCAGGAGGUGGGGUCUGACCCAUGUGUCGACUGAUGGAGAGAAGAGGAGCACAGCACAGUGAGUAUGAAAGGACACAGAGAGCUACGCAGAGAGAGAGACUGCAGGCAUGCAGCGACGCUAAGGAGCAUACAUGUUUAAAGAGGCUGCUGCAGAGUGGGCUAAUGAUGAGGUGUAUUAAGCAUGAGAUCCCCCAGAGACCUGAGCUAAAAGAUCUGUCAACCUUGUGACCGGACGAUAACCGUCAAAACCUUCAGCAUGUGACUUUGCGGUGGAGUUUGCAGACCCUCGCCAUGCACUCUCUGUGGAAUCUUUAUCUUCUUCUCCCCCUCUCCUUGCCUCUAUCACUUCAUGUCAUAGCCUUCACUGGAGAAAAUGUCAAGGAUGCACAACAGCCAGACACCGACACAGCAAUACGGCGUCUCACACAGCCACCACAGAGACCACAUGGAUCUGGUUUAGCACCGGGGAAUCCCAUGUUUGGGACUGAGAAUGUUGACUUCCCAGGUCUGCCUGUGAGUUGGCCCCUAUCAUCAUCUGAGGAUUCCGAUAGACAAGGUGUGAUUGGUGAAUACGUUGAUAUACAGGAGAGCACAGAGACAUCUCGUUUGUAUCCUAAUGAGAAGGGACUUAUCAUAUCCAGACCUUCAGAUAUAGAAGAUGAGACUUCCAAGGAGCGCACACAACCAGCAAGGUCUUCAUCAGAAGGAGCACCACCUCGAGCCACCCAGGAACAAACAUUAAAGUAUCAGCCAGCCGAGACAAAUACUCGAUCCAUAUUGCAUUCUACACAGACAGGAGAGAAUCAGCCAACUUUCCCAGCCUCUCAGAAGGAGACGACUGAUGGACAGUUUCCUUAUCUUCGGGCUGGCUCACUUCCAUCAGUUCCGGACUCCACUUCACCGCUGUCUGCUGGACCUGGGCCCAGCCCUGAGCGGCCCACUCCACCAGUAACCAUUUGGGGACGGACCACAGGCCGUUCUCUUGUCAUGCAGGAAGGGACACAGGAGCGGACAGUCCCAGUGAAAGAGGCCGGAGAUGGAUUAAUUGAUAUUACAGGUGAUAUUUUACACAGAGGAGCUGUAAGCAUGGAGGCAGAUAAAGAUAACUCCAAGGAUGAUGACCCACAUCUCCCAAAGACCAGUGGCGCACUGUUGCUUGAUGGUAACACAGACACACCUGCCACACCCUGCAAAACAUCAAACCAGUCCUGGACUCCCACCUACCCAGAUGACUUUACCCCCAACGAGUCCAUGCGCCCCGAUCUGACUCUCAGCUCUGCCCUUUUCGUCCCUCUGUAUUCGGACUGGAACUCUGCCCUCGCCACAUGGGGAUUUGCAUGGGAAGCACACGUCUAUGGCCUGGGGUCUGUCUUUACUGUAUUUGGCCUAAUCUCUGUGGUCUGCCUGUUAGGCCUGCCCCUGCGGUGUCCCCCGGGUAGCCCCUACUUCACCCUGCUGCACUUGUUCCUUCUAGCGUUUGCAGGGAUCCAAGCUUUCUGUUUGCUCUACGAUGCUUACAAUCAUCAAGAUCGUCUUCCCCCUCUGGGCUCUCUGCUGCUCUCUGAACUGCCCUUUCCCUGCUUGAUUUCAGCCUUCUCCCUUUCCUUCAUCCUUCUUUCCUUACGCUCACGCAUGUAUCUUUCAUUCCCACUUGCUAAUUCCACCAUCUUCUCAGCCUUGCCCAAACCCUGCCUGUUACUGUGUAUGUCCAUGCUGUAUUCUGGGGUCUCUCUAGGGUGUGUUGGCAUGCUCCAGCUCUUCCACAGCCUCCCCUCAGUGAUCCUGCUAUUCCCUCAGGGGGUGUUUGUAUGUCUCACCAUCUUUCUCUCAUGCUCCUACCUCAUCUUCUACUGUUUGAUGCAAUUCAACACUAAACACAUCUACCGGCUGAAUGACAAUGGAGAGAGUGGAGGAUCUCCUGCAGUGAUGCCACCUGCACGUUGCCCCUUUGCCAAAGUGGAGGACUGGGGUAGGGCAGCAGGAGCUGGAGUAUGGGCUUCGUUGUGUUUGUUAGGGUGUGGAGGCCUCCAGUUUUAUGGGAUCCUGCAUGCCCUUGGUUUGGGUGGGGUUGAUGGCUAUGGGUUCCAGCCCUGGCCCUGGUGGGGAUACCAGGUAGGCUGCAGGCUCUGUGAGAUUGGGGUGUGUCUAGGUUUGUCUCUCAUUGGUUCACACCCUAUAUUCUGUCAAAACAACUCCUCUAUCAAGACCAUAACUAAUCCCCGGCCAGGAUCUUGGUCCCGUCUCUCCUGUAGCUCCCCUUUACGAGGGUUCACCCUGCCCUCUCAGGGAGGUGCAGAUUCUCCUGUCCUCUCCUCUCACUAUUCUUGGUCCCAGGGUAAGCAAGAAAAGCUGGUGGUCUGUGAUGUCAUAACGAAGGGACAGACAGAAACUCUUCCUCUUUUCUCAAUGGUGGAUCCUCCUGGGAAUGGGCUUAUCCCCAAGUCCAGCCAAACCCAGAGCACUGUACUACCUCUCCCUACACCCCCAAGCCCACCGCACAAGCCUAAAAAUGCAAUUGAGUCUCAGAUAUUGUCACUGGAUAGCCUAGGAAUGGAUACUGACUCAACUGGGGAUCUACGGCCCCCGUCUCCCAUAGACCUGUCCCGCAGCAUUGACCAGGCUCUGUUCAGUGAAUCCCUAUUCUCUCACAGUAUUUUUGGUUUGCCAAGACUCUUAAAUGGUUCUUCCAGCCUCUCUUUGAGCUCUCCUAGCCAGGGUGCAUCACAGCAAGGGCCUAGCUCUAUGGAAAUUGCCCUGUACCGAACCUCUUCUUGUGGUGACAUGGAGCAAGACAACACUCUGUCCAGUUCAAGACCUUCCCAGCCACAUAGCUCUUUGACAUCUCACAGCAAGCCACCAGUGCCACCAGAGCAAUGGGAUUGGAAAGAGAGCGUAUCUGGUUCAACACACGGCCUGUGCAGCAAUCCCAAGGACUCAGGAAAGCUGCGCUCACAUUCCUGGGCCAACAGAGGUCAAAACUUUGCUCAGAGCAGCCUCCCCCAAGCAAUACACCUGUCAUACCACCGGCGUUACAGAACCCUGAGCUUAGCCUCCCAGGACAGUCGCGGAUCUGGCCGGCUGGCAGGUACUAAACACCUGAGUGAGAGCAAACAGCUGGAAUGGGAUCUGGCUGUGCAGGCAGAGUUUGUCAACGUGUGCAGACAAAUUGACACUCUGAGUGUUUGCAGUGACACCAUUGAAUUGUAGAAAGUUAUACAAGUUCAGUUAGGAUUGAAAUGCACAUGACAUUGUACAGAAACAGCACUCAUAACAGGUUAGAUGACAUCAGAUCAUAAAAGUUAUACACAUCAAAAUAAUUACCUGAACUAAUAAAAGGAAUUAACAUUAUUGAUACAACAUGUAGCCCUAAAUUAUUUUCUAUAAAUACUGUACUGUUGAUAUUAUGUAUGUUGAAAACUUGAUGUUAAAGACUGUCUUUAUGACAGCUCAUCUCAGUUUUAAUAUUUGUACAACUGACAUCUUGAGCUUCAUGAUAUUUGAAGCUGCAGAGAGAAAUGUAAAGGGAUUUACAGCUAAUGGAGGGCCUUAUUUAAUAGUGACAAACAAAGUUUAUUUCUACACAGUUGAUGUACUGUUGUGUUUUCAAUAGUGGAAAAAGUUUGACAUGCGCAGAAGGACUCUUCCCCAUUGGGAUUGUAUGGACACAGUUUAACAGUGUUAAACAAUAACAAUACAAAUCCAUGACAUGUGAUCAGCUCCUUGCUGGCUAUUAAGUUGUGUACAAAGUUGGCAAACAUACUUCAUCAUGGGAACAACAGACAUUUUGGCAUGAAAUGCUUUCCUCACAGGAUUAUCAUAAAUUAUUUCAGUGUGGUGUAAUAAAUUUGGAAAUUCAAGGAAAUUUCAUAAAUACACAGGAUUAGUUUAUCCUUCUUUUUUUGUACUGCCUCCUAAAUCAACCAUUUGAGAGGUAUCUUUGAAAUAUUAGUAGUACUACAGUCAAAGGUGCAAUAAUCUUACACUUGUGAAAGAGUUCAAGUGAAAAUUGAAGUGGUUACAUUUUAAAUAUAUUUCGCAGAACAUGUUCUUCAUACAGACUUCUGGAGACUUGACAGAAUUCCUAAAACAAUAUCAAAACGCCGUUUUCAAAAUUAUCUUUAUUCGUGCAAGACUAUUAACAUAGACAUCAUUUUGAAACCAGUGGGUGAUGAAAGAAAAUAUUUAUAUUUUCUGUAACCUUUAAAUAAGAAACUAUAAAGAACUGUAAAAUAACUUCAUCAACCAGUACACUAGCUCAUUUAUUUGAUUGCAUGUUAUUGCAUGAUUAACAUCAACUGUUUAUCAUAAAACAACACGUUAUACCAAAGAUGUUGAAUUCCACCCAUAAAACUAAGAAAUCACACUUAAAACUGAUAAAUCAACUUGAAAUAACUUUUUGUCUACAACUCCAUAAAGAAAUUAAUCUAUCCUGGGCAACUGUUUUGUUACAACCCUUCUGCACUGACUUUAUCGCUCUAUUUCAUUGACUCCUAAAUUAAUGUUUUUAACCUGAAAAAGAGAAUAACUACCUUUAUUAUGUAUUAUGUACAGUCAAUAGCCAUGUAAUUAAUACUGUGUUUUUGCUAAAUGAAAUGAUCGAAGAUCACAACAUGUCAAGCCAAUGUGACUCAGACUUAUUUGCAGUAUGAAUAUAAAAUGAGCAGUGUUUGGAAUUAUAAUCAGAUAAUCAAAAAUGUAAAGUGUGUAUAGUCUUCUGUCUUGUCACUCAAACAUUUUGUUAGCGAGUAUUUUCUGCAUCAAAUAAGGUGAGCAGACGAAAAUCCAGGAAGAGAUUACACAUGAUCGCUCCUUUAAAGCCCUCCUUGAUUAAAAUAUGUGAAUUAAGGCUGAUGCUACGUUUUGGUCCCUUCUGCAACAGCAGCAGCACAUUGAAAGAGCUCACAAUCUGGAGGUGAGAAUACAUACAGGGUGAUCUGAGCAGAGAAUCCAUUAUGUAAAAGCUAAAUAUUCAUCUGUUAGAGAAAUUAAAACUAACAGGUGUUGUUAGAAGAUAAUGAGAACACAAUUGUACUAUAUGUAGAUGUUUCCUCCUGGUUAAGUAAGCUUUAUACACAAGUUACCGUGCCAGAGCUUGUAAUGUGGCUGUGUAACUUUACUGUUUACUUUACUCUUUUUCUGAAAUUAAAUGGUAAACAAUUAUUGCCAGAAUUAUGUGUCUUUUAUUUUGUAAAUAAAGUAUCUGACAGCUUAAUGUCGUCUAAAAGUUUAUGCACGCUCCACUACACAUACAUUGUGUAGUGAAACU